AUGGCCCUUUUGCCCAGAGAUUCAGGCGAAUUCAUCGUCAAUUGCGCAGUGCGUGUGAAAAUCAAUCGGGAUGGCAUUGAGAAAUUGUCUCAGGAAGUAUUGAAGAAAUUAAUUUCCGGGGAGAUCGAUUUUGGAAUGUUUUCUCAGCAUAAAAACUUCCCGAAGCCUGAUGAUGCGCAGUGCCUGAAUUGGAUCUUCUUGGUGAGUAACCUCAGCUUUUGCUACUGGAAAGGAUCCCAUGCUGGCAAAACGUGGAGAGUUGAAGGCUAUAUAGGAUUUUACGCACUCUGCGCCUCAAUAAAUCGUACCAGAAGGAUCGGAGCGGACAUCACCAAUCCGGAAUACUAUUCUCAGCUUAAUGUUAACGAUCUCAUGUGGAUCUUCCGGGAGGACGAAGGAGCUGGAAAGUUUCGCCUCAUAGAAGACAGAAUCGAGAUCUUGAAAGACGUCGCGAAGACGCUCGUGGAGAAGUUUGACGGGAACUUCGAGAACUGUGUGAAGCAGUGCGACAAAUCAGCCCAGAAACUGCUUCAGAUCAUCAUUGAGAACUUCCCUAGAUUCCGAGAUGAGGCCACUUUCAUGGGAGAGCGAGUGUCUUUCCACAGACUUGCCCAGAUGCUUAUCAGAGACAUUUGGAUCACAUUUAAAGGCGAAGGUUUGGGCGAAUUCACUGAUAUCAAUAGCCUGACGAUUUCCUCAGAUUAUCACAUUGCUAAAGUUCUGGCGUACUUCGGAGCACUUCAGUGCAACCCAACAAUGAUUCAGUGCAUGAAAAAUUUCCUCGUUUUGAACCAAGGUCCUGAGCAGGUGGAGUUAUGCGGAGCAUCGAUCUACAUUGUCGAGGAGGUGAUAAAAAACGUUCUGCAGAAGAUCGACGAUCAGGGACUGAACAUUCCAAGGGAGAGCGUGAAUUCAUGCCUCAUGGAUUGCUUCCUCUGGGAGUAUCGAAUUCCCUAUCGACACGACAGAAGAUACGGCAAGACAAUCAAGAAAAAUAUUCCACACCAAAAUCAAUAA